AGUGAUACGUCAUAAACAUCCUUUUGUAAAGUGAACACCCUUUCUUAAUUUUAGCCUCAAAAAACGCCACAUACAAAAGGCCAUAAUACGUGUAGAGUCGAAACUACUGUAGUAAGUUAUGGCCAAGAUAAGAUAAUCCAAACUCCUGUGUUUGCUGUUAUACUAAUCAAAUGUUGUUCAUAUAUACUAUAUCUACUACUAAAUAUCUCAUACACAGGCAUGUAUACAUAAAAUAGUUUUUUAAAAAUUUGAAAUUGGAAGGAUCUUUUAUUUAUGAACAUUAGUUCACUUAGCUGUAGAAGCGACUCAAUUUUAUCGCAUGUCGCUUGUAGUAGUACUGCAUUCAAUGUACAUGGGGCUUUACUGUCCUUCCCUUUUCCAUUCGUCGCAAGUUUAUAUAAGAAGUUGAAAACGAUUCGCUCGCAGUUUUGUACUUAUUCAGCUUUAGUGCACAAACACGUAUUUGAAUUUGAAAUAAAAAAUAUAUUAAACAAUAUAUUCUUGUUGUGAAGUGUACAAUGGCGUUUCUCGAAGGACCCUCUUUAAAACAAGAGGAAGUUUUAAAACAGGAACUUGCUGAAGGACCUGGUGAUCUGGAGAGAUGUGUGAGAGACCUUCUUAGCAUGUUGGCAGCCUCACCAUACCUGCCUGAUCCUGAAUUCGUAGAUAAAAAACUCUUGGAAGUAUUCGUACGUGGUUGUCGCUUGGAUAUGGAGAGAGCAAGGAAUAAACUGGAAACAUUUUUUCUGUCGCGCUCCCGGCAUCGAGACCUAUAUGAAUACAGAUCCCUUAAUGAACCACCACUCAGGGAUACCUGUAAACUAAUAGAUGUGGUACCAUUACCAAAGGUGACCGACGAAGGGUAUCGGGUGACAAUCCUUCGUAUCAGACCAGGGUACCAAGAAUCCACAGCGGACAUCACAAAUGUGGUGCGCGCCAUCCUUCUCGUGAGUGACGCGCGGAUUCAUGACGAGACUUUAAUUGCCGGUGAUGUUUUCAUUUGGGAGGUAUCCCAUAUCCGAGCUUCAUUCGCGGCUCGCGUGAUGGCAGCAGCGAAUGUGGUACGCCGUAGUAUCCACCUGGCGCAGGCCGCUUACCCUCAAAGAUUGAAAAGGAUCCACGUAGUAGGAGCGCCCACCCUUUUUGCCUCUUCACUGCAACUCAUGCGCAGCUGCGUUAAUGAGAAGAUUCGAAGACGAUAUUAUAUUCAUUCUCGUGAAGAGGAUCUUUUAGAGCAUAUACCCGCCAGAGUGUUGCCAGCUGAGUGGGGUGGUGAAGAGGAAUCCAUAGAUACGCUGGCCAAAAAAUGGCGCCACCGUGUCGAUGAGCUGCGUGACUACCUUCGUAACUUAAAUAUAAUUAACACCACCCCAGCCCCAAUGCUUGACACUGAUAUAUAUGGAACAGUCGGCGCAUUCAGAAAACUUGAAAUUGACUAAUUACUUAUUCGUAAUUGUAGUAGAAAUUUCUAUGUUACCUUAUCU